CAUUCGUAUACACAUCACGCGAAAUCUCUCCGAAACGUAUUUAUGGAACGUUUAUAUAACAUUAAUAAAUGUAAUAAAUCAAACGUUACCGGAAGAUAAUGUUACCCGUAAACGUUCUAAAAUUGUUUCCCUUACAAAAUACCUCAUCGGGGUUCAUCGACAUUAGUAUCAGUGUGUUAAACGUGCUGACCAAUAAGAGAGAAGGAUUCAGCUUCAGCUUCGGCAUGUUACGUCGUCUAAAAUUCGAUGUUCCUACAUCCGUUUCAUUCUAAUAAGCUCGUCUGGCAAAUGAAUUCAUACGUAAAUAACGGUUUUGUGGUUUUAGUUUAGAAAUCUAACACGCACAAUGUCAGGAGCGAGAUUUUGCGUUGUAAAUAUUGAAGAUGAAGAGGAUUCUCUUGAAGUUGUACCGACAAAGUGGUUGAUUCCAUCCACGGAUGCGUGCUGGUGGCCUAAAUCUGGAGCGGACAGCAACUUCGUCAAGUCAGAGGUCGAGCCUUGCCAUGAGACUUGGGUUCAAGUAUACGUGGAGAUAAUACAAUAUUUCCAGUCGUACGAGAGCGCCAAGAGAAGUAUAGACCGAGUAGAAGAAGAUAUAGCCACACCCGAACGAAAGCGGCACAAACCGCAAAAAAGGGAUACAACUAUUAAACGUAGUCCUUCCUCCAUAGCAGAAGAUGCAGACCGGGAGAAAUUUACAACAAGCUCAAACGUGGAACAGAAUAGUGGCGACAUAAUAACCGACAUUUUUCUCAACCCCCAACUACUAGAGAACGUAGUUAGAAGUGCGACAAAAACAAUUUUGGACGAGCUUUCGGUUUUCAAAGCGAAAGUCGAGCAGAGUUUCUCCAAUUUACACAGCAGAUUGGACAGGAUCGAAUCGAAAAUUGGAAUAGACCCCAGUCUCUCCAUGGACUUGGAAGAAUCACUUAAGCUACCGAUGGAGACCAUAGACGACCUGGAGAAUAUGGAGAUUUUAAUGAAUGAAGAGGGAACGCGACAAGCUCUGCUGCGAAAGCUCAGCUUUCAUCGAUCGAAUAGAAUGGAAUACUUCAUUAGGAAAUGCCUACAGGCAACAUUCACGGAUAGGUUGGCGACUGUUUGCUCGUGGAGUGGGGUACGCGAGUCCACGAAGAUAUCCGACACGCAGUUAAUAGCGUUUAUCCAGCAUAUGGGUAGAAAAUUUUACCCAAACUUAACGGCGAAUGAGUAUAAACAGCAAGUGUCCGUAUGGUUUAGGUGUGCCAUGACCAGGGUGAAGAGGACCGAAGGAAGGUCGUCCACUUCGCAUACUGUACGAAAUAGCCAUACAUUCACAGAAUGACCAUACAAUGUUUAUUACUGAGAGUUUAAUAAUAAAUGAUUAAAUAUUU